GAGGUGUUAUGAGGUGAGUGGCGGUGGCGAGAGUGCUAUUGCUUUUGCGGUAGCGGUGAGAAGCUCAAAAGAUGCAGUCGCUUGUGAGGAUCGAGAUGAGAGGCUUAGAAAAUGGCGGCUUUUUAUACCUUUUCUGGUGGGUGUUGGUGCGUGUCACACAAGGUUUUGUGCAAUUACGAACGCGGCACCGCCGUUUCCGAGACUACUCGAGACUGCGCGUGCCGUCAAUCAUGGCGACGCUUUGGCUUCGUGAUUGCCCAUUUGGCGGACCGGAAAGGCUCGAAAGUGCAAUUAUGCGUCGUCACAUAUCGAAAGGCGGUGCUGGAACUGCUCUUCCGAACAGCGAGUGCGUCGUGCGCGAGAAGAUGCCACCGGGAGUGUCCCCGGGAACGUGCGUGCUCGAAACACGCAACAUCAAUUAAUGCUUGCGAAUUGUAAAUCACAAUCGUGAAUGGAAGUGGAGCGCGCGUACUGCGCGAACAUCAGGCACAAAUAAGUGAUGCGUCGAAAAAGACACCUUUUCGGCACGAGCGGCGGUUCCUGGAUCUCCGAG